GUUUCAUUUUUCACUAAAAUCCUGCGUAACCAAAAUAUUUAUUUAUCCAAAAUUAGAUCCAUCUGCUAGAUUCACUCCUUACCCCUCUCUCCGGCAGUACGCAGUUACUGUGUCGUUUGACUUCAUUCUUCUUUCUUCAUCCUUUUUUCUGGUUUUUUGGCGUCGCCCAACAAAACACCCUCAAUCAAUAACAAAUUCAAUACUAAAAAACACAAUUUGAUUUCAAUUCAUUCAAUAAUGGCGGCGUCAAGGCUACCUGAUGCGGAUCUUGAGGGCAUUGAAGGCGUUCGAAUGACGUGGAACAACUGGCCACGGACCAAGGUGGAGGCAUCCAAGUGCGUGAUCCCAAUUGCUGCAUCGAUCCAGCCGAUCCAUCCCCAUGUCGACCUCCAAGUCCUCCCGUAUCCUCCGCUGCGCUGCAAGACGUGCUCCGCCAUCCUCAGUCCAUAUUGCCGCGUUGAUUUCACUGCCCUUAUAUGGAUGUGCCCUUUUUGCUAUCAGCGCAACCAUUUUCCGCAGCAUUAUCAAUCCAUUUCACAGACCAAUUUACCUGCGGAAUUGUACCCUAAUUUCCCUUCAAUUGAAUACACCAUUCCCAGUUAUCCCCAAAACCCACAGAAUUUUAACACGUCGACGACAGUCUGUCCCAUUUAUCUGUUUGUUUUCGAUACAUGUUUGCUCGAGGAGGAGCUGGAUUUUGCAAAAUCUGCCUUGAAGCGUGCGAUUGGAAUGCUGCCGGACAAUGCAAUGGUUGGGUUUGUUUCAUAUGGUACGCAGGUACAGGUGCACGAGCUGGGGUUUUCAGAGAUGUCCAAGGUUUAUGUGUUUAGGGGAUCGAAAGAGUUGUCUAAAGAUCCGGUCUUGGAGCGGUUGGGCCUAGGGGCGGCCGGUAGACGAGUUGGGCCUGGUAUUCAGAAGGGUGGUGACGGCCUAAAUCCUCUGGGCGGGGUUCCUAAUUCCGGGAUUAACCGGGACUUGUAUUUAGGAUGGAUAGAUAGUUGGCUUACUUCUGAUACAUAUGGCUUGCACUCACAUUUUGGAUGGUUGAUUCUAUAUUGUCAGGAAGGAUUUGACGCCACAAGGUGGUUAGACCGGAAUCUGAUUCGUCUAUGUUCCAAAUUUGGUGACUACCGAAAGGAUGAUCCAUCCUCAUUUACGUUAAAUCCCUGUUUUUCGCUGUUCCCUCAGUUUAUGUUUAAUCUGCGGAGAUCACAAUUUGUACAGGUGUUCAAUAAUAGUCCCGAUGAGACGGCCUAUUUCCGCAUUUUAUUAAAUAGAGAGAUUAUAAGCAAUGCUGCGGUCAUGAUUCAACCAUCGUUAAUAUCAUAUUCAUUCAAUUCACUACCUGUACCAGCUUUAUUGGACGUGUCAUCCAUUGGAGCUGACCGUAUCCUAUUGCUUGAUUCAUAUUUCAGUGUAGUUAUUUUCCAUGGUACAACAAUUGCUCAAUGGAGAAACAUGGGUUAUCAGAAUCAGCCAGAACAUCAGGCUUUUGCGCAUUUGUUACAAGCUCCACAUGAUGAUGCCGAAUUGAUUAUUCGUGACCGGUUUCCAGUCCCAAGACUGGUGGUCUGUGAUCAGCAUGGCUCCCAGGCGAGAUUCCUGUUGGCGAAGUUGAAUCCAUCUGCGUCAUACAGCAAUGUACAUGAAAUGGCUGCUGGCUCGGAUGUGAUAUUCACCGAUGAUGUGAGUCUACAAGUGUUCAUUGAUCAUCUUCAGCAGCUGGCUGUCCAAGCUUCUUAAGAAGGUGAAAGAGUUGGGAUUCCUGUGGUCAAUUUCUCGAUUUUGCGGAAAUCCUAAUUCAGGGUUUCUUUAUCUCCCGUUACCUUCUCUUCCCGUUCUGUCUGUUUUGCCUUCUUCACAUCAAUUGUGUGAAUGAGAAGUCCAGAGUCAUCACUAUCGGAAACAAGGAGAACAGUUCCUUCGAGAUGUUCCCUUUUUGAACGGAAAAAGGAGUUGGACAAUUAUUGUUUAGAGUGGCACUGCUAAAAGGGUCAAGUUGUAAAUUAAAGACAUUUUUGUUGGAUAGAUAGGUUAGGAAGAUAUAGUCUUUUGUUACUUUAAUUUUAAUCUGUACCAAGAGGAGAUUACAUAGUUUACUGUAUGUAUUCAAUUUUUAAGAUUUAAGAAUGUAUUUUUUUCUAGGAUUUCA